GUUUUUUUUUUUUUUUUUUCCCUGUUGAAGACUAAUUUGUGCAUCAUUUCUGAGAAUUAUCAUCAAUUUCUGAGAAUUUCCAUCAAUGCUCAUCAAUGCUGAGAAUUUAUGCAUAGAGAACAUGAAGUUCUUUUUUUUCCAAUUAUCAUCAAUGCUUCACUCCACUUUCCCAUGAUCCCAAUUCUUCACUUCCUCUUCAACUCCACUUCUCACCUUUCAUUCUGUCCAAAUUCUCAAAUCUCAAUUCCUUCAAAACCCUAACCCAAACCCUGAUAAGGGUUUUGAACAAUUUCUCUAAAUUCAUCAUUUCCUCCAUCAAAUACCAAAAUUUCUUCCCAACCCACAAAAAUUCAAACCAAAAGCUUGCAUUUUUCUCAUCUGGGCACCAUUAAUUUUUCCAUCUUUCAUCAAGUCACAAACGUGCUUAUUCACUUAAUCACUUUUUCAACAUGCACAUAAAAACUGAUUCUGAUGUCACCAGUUUCGACCCAUCAUCACCAAGAUCACAAAAACAAACCCCUUAUUACGUUCAAAGUCCUUCAAGAGAAUCUUCUCAUGAUGGUGACAAAUCAUCAACAAUGCAACCAAGUCCAAUGGAUUCACCUUCACACCAAUCCUAUGGUCACCAUUCAAGAGCUUCUUCUUCAAGUAGAAUCUCUGGUGGUUAUAAUAGCUCCUUUUUAGGUAGAAAAGUGAAUAGAAAAGUGAAUGAUAAAGGGUGGAUUGGAUCUAAGGUGAUUGAAGAAGAAAAUGGUGGUUAUGGUGAUUUUGAUGGUGAUGGAAAUGGAGUUUCGAGGAGGGUUCAGUUUUUCGUUGCAGUUGUUGGGUUUGUGUUGGUUUUUAGUUUGUUUUGUUUCAUCAUUUGGGCUGCUAGCUUGCAUUACAAACCUCAGCUCAGUGUCAAGAGUUUGACAGUACAUAACUUCUACUUUGGAGAAGGGUCAGACGUCACUGGAGUUCCAACUAAGAUGCUUACAGUGAACUGUUCGAUGAGAAUGUUAGUGCAUAACCCUGCAACCUUUUUCGGCAUUUAUGUCAGCUCCAAGUCGGUGAAUCUUAUGUAUUCUGAUCUUACAGUUGCGACUGGUGAGUUGAAGAAAUAUCAUCAACAGCGAAAGAGUCGCCGAACAGUGUCUGUGAAUAUACAAGGAAGCAAGGUUCCAUUGUACGGCGCUGGUGCAGACGUAGCUAGCUCGGUAGACAACGGUAAAAUAUCGUUAACGCUUGUCUUUGAAGUUAAGUCGCGCGGAAAUGUUGUAGGCAAGUUGGUGAGGACUAAACACACACAGCGUGUCUCUUGCUCAAUAGCCGUUGACCCCCACAACAACAAGUACAUCAAACUUAAAGAGAAUGAAUGUAGAUACAACAUCUAAGUGGUUUUGGUAUAACAGUAACAAGUUUCUUGUGAGCUAUUUCAGUUCAUUCUACUGGCUUGAGAUAUAUUAAGGGUUUGUUUGGAUCAACUUAUUUGAGCUUAGUUAUGACAAUUGUGAGGGUGCUUAGGAGAGUUUAUGAAAACAAUUUAUGAAUGUCCAUUAGCUGUUUAUAGUCUAUUUUCAUAGAGGAUACCAUAUGAAAAAAACUUAUAGUUUAUAUAAAAAUAUAUCGACUUUAUUGUGUUUUUGUUA